AUGAAAAUAGCCUAUGACUUCAUGUGUGAUGGCGAUCCAGCACAUAUGUCUAACCAAAACAUCAGCACCUCCCCGACAAGAUAUGUCAAGGAAACCAAAACCAAGACCAUCUCAGCGUUAGUUGGCCCUACCGAGUCUGGAAGCGCAGUGCUAGUAGGAAGUCUUCUUCAGGUUUCUGACAUUCCCGUCAUCAGCCCGAGUGUAACCAGCGAUGAAUUGAGUUCACAAAUGUACAAAAACUUUUUCAGAACAGUUCCACCAGACAACUGGCAGGCAAAGGUCAUGGCAGACAUCAUAGAGCUCUUUAACUGGACAUACGUGGCGGCUGUCGGGUUAGAUGAUUCUUAUGGACAUAACGGUAUUUCGGCCCUGGAAAAAGAAUCAUUCAACCGUAAAACAUUUUGCAUUGCUUUUUCUGAGUAUAUUCCACGGCUAGGUUAUUGGAAUAAAACCAAGCAAACUGUUUUCAAGAUUAAAAGGAGGUCUGAAGUCUCAGUGAUCAUUGUUUGGCUUUCUGGCGCUUACGGAAGAGCAUUUUUUGCAGAAGCAACCACUCAAAAUCUUGAAGGAAAGACUUGGAUACUUAGUGACGCACUGACCGCGCGGGGAAAUUAUCUUGACUCUCACCCCACAAUACUAAACGGCUCUUUGGGAAUAAAGCCACAUGACUAUUCCGUUCUCGAAUUUGAAGAGCACCUUAAGAUGAUCACCCCUGGAAAAAGCAUUGAAAGAGGCGCACACUGGUGGGAAGAGUUCUGGAGAUUACAUUUCAACUGUUCAGCCACAAACUCCAAUGAACAGUCUGGGGUCGCACUUUGCGAAGCAAAUCUGACGUUACACCAUGCGCUACAAAAGAUACGCGGCUCUUUUGUUUCUUACACAAUUGACGCUGUAUAUGCUAUUGCACAUGCCCUAGAUAACAUUUACCGCUGUUCUCGUACUAUACAUGGUGCUGGUAAAAGAGGAAAGUGUCCUCCAGUCAAGCCGGCCGUCAAGGGACGUGAUCUGGAGAAAUAUCUCAGAAAUAUCAGUUUUGACGGGUUGACUGGGAAGGUGCGAUUUGACAAGUUUGGAGAUCCUUUAACUGCUUCAUACGACAUCAUAAACUUUCAGCUUGACUCAACCACAGGUAGGACUCUCAAAUAUAUUCGGGUCGGAUCUUGGAACAAAAAUAGCACGCCUAAACUCAAGAUAGAUUUGUCCAGGCUACGAUGGAGAACUCUCUACACCCCGUUAUCCUUUUGUUCAUCAGAAUGUUUGCCAGGUACCAGGAGGGAAUUCAACUCGCCAUGUUGCUGGGACUGCAUAAAGUGCCCAAAGGGAACUGUCAGUACUGAAAACGGAUCCACCAAUUGCACAAAAUGUGACUUGGAGACAAAAUCAAACGAAGAGCAAAACAAGUGUGAAAAAUUACCGAUCAUUAACAUCACGCAUACAACCCCCGCUGGAAUCGCGAUAACCUUGAUGGCUUUGAUCGGGGUUAUUCUCACGUUGUCAGUUUGCGGCAUUUACAUCAAGUUUUACAACAGCCCAAUCGUCAAGGCUUCUAACAGAGAGAUCUCUUUUUUGCUGCUCUUUGGCAUCUCAUCUCUCCACAUAUUAGCCGUCCUCGAACUUUCUGAACCCAGCCAUCCACUUUGCACCGCAGCAUCUUUCUGGCGUUAUUUUGCUCUUAAUCUUUGUAUCACGGUGCUCUUUCUGAAAACAAUGCGAAUGACAAGUGUUUUUGAGGUUGAUAAAGUAGCGCAGUUGUUUGCUCCCUGUUACAAAACCCUGACAAGGCAAAGUGUGUUCCUUUCUGUCAUGAAUUUAGCCUCCGUUUGUUUGUUGGUCCCCUGGAUGUUUUUGGACUCUCCGAAGCGUAAAAAGAUCAUUCGCUUUGAUGAGUACGUCUUCCUUGUGUGCAAACCCUUUGAAACAAACGCCGGCCUUGCAUUCUUCAUCUCGGUGUAUGCUUACACCUUAAUUGUGGCUUUCUUAUGUACGUAUUACGCUUUCAAAGCACGAGGAAUUCCCGAGAACUUUAACGAGACAAGAUACAUCGGCUUCUCUAUGUACAUUCUACUUUUGUCAUCGCUGGCAUAUUACCCUGUGGCGUUUGCUUUUGAGAGCUGGUACGUGACAAUUGUGUCUUGUACUACGACGUUAGUAACUUCGUUUGGUUUGUUGGGAUGCAUGUUCGGACCCAGAAUCUACAUUCUCUUUUUCCAAUCCCAGCAAAACACCAUCCAAAGUAUCAGGUCGCAGGUCAUGGAUUUCUCCUUUAGUAAUGUAACUGCAACAAGAGCUUUGCCUAGACAAAUUAAUGAAGAAGUACCUAACGCUGUGCUGGAUACCGAAAAUUAAAAACGACAGAUUGCAGAUUGCCAACCAGCUAUUCUUUCGACCAGUAACAGGGGAAAAUACUUUAAACGCCUCAAUCGACUCAGACUUUGCUAAACUGUUUUUUUCUGUAUAUAGUCCAGUCAACGUACUGAUAGACCUCUCACUAAUUGCAAAAGAAGUUUUUUCUUCAGUUUUGAAAUAAGAAAGCCUCUUUGAUAUACUUAUUAAAAGUCUAGGAAAAUUUAUGCAUGGGAAGACACUUAAAUUCAGUUCAAUUAUAACAGCCUGAAUCAGUUACAUGAAAAUGAGCCUGAAUUCUAUUUGCGAUAGAAAAAAAGCUAUUUCGACUUAUGAAUUAGAUUUUUCUGACUGGAACUUUGAGAAGCAAAUUUACAAAAGUUAAAAAAACGUGUUAGUGAUUUUAGACCUUCAAUCAUCUUCAUCUUCAUCUUCAUCUACAUCUUCAUCGAAAUCGAGUUGAAGUGCUGUAGCAUUGGUGCAACUAGUGCCUCGACAGUGUCCUCAGGCAACUGAACACUUUAGUGUUAUGUGAAAAUCAAGAGCCCAUCACAGUCAUAGGGUCCUGGUGAAAAUGAAAUAAUCAGCAUGUCCGAGCGUACGACAAAAACAGGAUUCGAACCUAUGACCUCCCAAACACGGCUGGAGGUGGGUCAUGAUAGGUACCAGUUUUCCAUCAUGCAAUCUCCACCCCCUUUCUUCAGCAGGUAUUUGUUCGUCUUCGUCCUUCCACUGGCUAAGUUGUUGGUGGUAGACUCUAAUACUGUCGUAUGAUGCAGCAGCAGCUUUGAGGCUGAAUCUGGGAGGUACCAGUAGACACCUUUUCACAAAAGCGACGAAAUCGCAGUACAUCAAGCAACUCCUUCUCCAGGCUUCCCAUUGUAAAGACCAACACGCUGGAAGACUGUCAAACACCUUGACGUGUUCACGAAAGUGGGUAUCUCUGACAAACCUCUUUAGUGGAAGACCUUUGCAAAUUCCAUACAACCCAGAGGUCGGAUCGCAUCCACUCAGUCUGAUAGCAUGGACAAAAAGAACAUGACGACAAAUCUCUUGGCCAAGCUUUUUCUUCACUGAUUUUAUAUUCCAGAAUCGACGCUUGGAAUUUGCUUUUGAUUCUGGUUGGAAAAAAGGUCUAAUAUAUCUAACUCUGCAUGAUAACAGAGCAGAAUAAGAAGAUCAGUGUCAUCCCCGUCCAGCACGGUGUCCAUUGUUCUUGAACUUCCCACAGCUUUGUCUACUAUGAGCAAAUCAGCAUCAGCUGUCCAGUGAUAAACUUGGCAAUUGGCCUGCUGAAGAUAACGACUAAGCAUAUUAAUGAAGGACUGUUUAUUGCUUUUGUUUGCCAGAAGCAAUCCUUCUUCAUUGUAAGUUUCAUGUCGUCAGUAAAUGUGACGGUUGCACCUACUUUCCCUCCUGCACACCUUUGUGACAUUCUCUUUGUGGAUGCCUUUGUGUAUCCAUCAAAGACAAUGAUCGCCUGCCCAUACUUCUGGUCCAUAUAAUUGCAGUACAAUGCACGGAUAUUCUGAUGGGUAGACCCUCGAGGCCAGGGGAUUCAGGAAUGAAUGAAUGAGUACACCACCAUCCCGAACGAAUUGGAGCUCUCCUUGAGAAACUGUGACAUCUGAGCUUUCCAAAGUAAGAGCCCAAAUAGCAUCAGCAAGAACUGGCUUGGGUGGUUGGAGCAACAUAAGUGAAGAAUCAAACACAGCAGGUAAAUAGCUGCAUAGUUCAGUUUUUGAACAUUGCUUCCAUCUCAUUCAAUGAUUUCAAAGCUACAAUUACACGCUGGAAUAGAAACUGCGGGUCUACUUGGAUCCUCUCUUCAUCAAUGUCAACCGAUGACUUUGUAGCAAGAGUCACAGCCUGAUUUCUUUGUUUGAAGGCAAACUCCGGGACAAACUUUCCAGUCAUUGACGCUAAGAUACCCUGUCCAAUAUCCCUAGAAUCAGCUACAUUUACAAUAUAAUUUGCAUGGACACCAUUCAUGAUGUUUCUUAGGCCUGGCUGAGCAGUGAAGGGAUUCUGCUCAGCUAAGGCAUUUAGCAGAGUUUGGGUAUCUUUCAUGUCACUGUUUUGUCUGCACUCUGAAAUGUCCACAUUUUGCUCGCUGGUACUGUAACAGAUUCCUGUGAGAUCCAGCAUAGCAGGAUUCAUCUCAGCACAGACUGGCACCAAAAGGAGCCAUAUCAGCCGCUGUUGCUCUGUCAUGCCUCUUCCUCUCUUUAAGACACCACUCGUCUUCAUGUUUCUCAUUAACACCUGCUCUAAAACAAGGUCUGUGGACAGCCCAGCCCAUUUUCUUUCAUUUCUUCGUACUACGUAGAAUCCAUCAAUUAGUUUCUGGUACACAACAGGGUGUUCACUCUCUAGACGGACCAAUGCAGGUACAACUGAGAGGUGUAAAGGUUGUGACCAGAAGCUGCCAAAUAGGAAAGAAUUUCAGAAAGAGCUUCAAGAUGCUGUACCCAGUAUCCAGUACGUUCUGUUUUGAUAAAUUUUCUUAGAAUCUCGACCAUGUCCAUGUACUACAAUCAGAGUUUAGCAUUGCGAUUGUCUUGAAGGGAUUCCUACUAUGAAGCAGUUUUCAUAUCGAAAAUACCAUUCACUGUGCAGAUUCAACUAUGUCUGCUUGCCACUAAAUUAUGUCCGUUUGUCAUUCGAUUGUCUGCUUGUCAUUCGAUUAUGUCUUCUUGUCAUUCAAUUAUGUUCGUCUGUCUGUCAGUUAUGUCUUCUUGUCAUUCAAUUGCUAUAUCUCAUCAUGCCUGCUUGACAUUCAGUUAUGUUCGUAAUAUCAUAGGUGACGAAUUACUCCUUAAUUUUGGCGCGAAAUUUCAGCGAUAAUUUGUAAUUUCACAUGUGAAAUUGCAAAAUUGCCAUGGCAACCUAAUUCCGUACGUCUCAGUGUCAAGAUGGCGACGAAGUUUUAAAUCAAUGAAUGAAGAUACCAGGGCAUAAAAAGACGCUUUAGAAAACCUGAACACACGAAAGAGCACAUCAAGAAGGAUUGUAACAGGUAUUUUGUCGAAAACGUCUGAACUUAAGCCAAAUUUAAACUCUAAACGUUCGAGCGAGUGGAGUUCUCGAUCGAUACGAUCCAGGAUAAACAUGUCAAACAUUCAAGAUUGCUAACGUAAUUCGUCACCCUAGAUAUAAUAGGUAAUCAAAUGGUAUACUAUUGAAAUUAGGGAAUAAUUUAAAUUGCGUUUUGUCCAAAUAAGGAUUUGGACAAAACGCGCGUGAAAUUAUUCUCUAAUUUCACUCGUCACCAUUUGAUUACACAUACAUAUUAUCUUUCAAUUACUACUUUUUGUCAUUAAAUUAUCCCUGGUCAUUUAGUCAUUUGAUACGUCUUUAAUUAUAACUGUUUGUCACACAAUUUCUUACUUUAUAAACUUCAUUGAAUUACGGCUUGUUGCGAUUCAAUUAUUCAAUAUCGAUUUAAUAUCGAUUUACCGCUUGUACCUGAGCUCGCAAAAGCACCGCUGAAGAUUACUGACUGACGUCUUCGUACAGGCUUCUUUGCGCCAUUCUUGCACGAGGUUUGAAAACGGCGUCGAAGGAAAUUCAAGAUCUGAGCGAGUCCGACGGAAAAGGAGAAAAUUAUCAACGAGCAUUAACAUUGUUGAAUGAAGCGGUGGUUAUCCUGAGGUCACCAUGCACGUUGACAGAUCAUCCGCAACAGCUUCCAGUGCAACGAACUGUAGGCUCAGUUCAAGUUCCUGCCACUCCUGUAAGGGGAGAAUUACAAGAAAUGGCGCGUCUUUUUCCGUUUUACAGUCAGGGCGCAUCUGUCGGUAAAUUUAGUUCCCGUCAACUCUUUAAGCGAUUUCGACCAAGUCAAGCUGGGCCCCAAAAAGGUUUUAAACUAAAGGAAACCUGGACUCAAACGUUCAUCUGCCUGUGUGAAUCAGACCAGUUGGUAGUGCCUUCAAGAGAGUAGAAAGUAAUUUUAAGAGAAGCAGGUCUCGGCGAAAAAAGAAUUACAUUCGAUAAGUACGGACGCUACCAACAGUUGCAGUCUUAAUUGAAUGACAAGAAGACAUGCAUGGUGACCUCAGGAUAUCCACCGCUUCAUUCAACAAUGUUAAUACCCGUUGAUAAAUUUCCCCUUUUCCGUCGAAAUCGCUCACAUCUUGAAUUUCCUUCGACGCCAUUUUCAAACCUCGUGCAAGAAAGGCAAAGAAGCCCGCGCGAAGAUGUCAGUCAGUAAUCAGCGGUGCUUUGGGGGGCUCAGACAUAAGCGGUCAAUCGAUAUUGAGUCGAUAUUGAAUAAUUGAAUCGCAACAAGCCCUAAUUUAAUGAAGUUCCAGAUUGCUUGUUAGCUUAAUUGGUAGAGCGCUGCACCGUUAUCGCGGAAGUCACAGAAGGGUUCGAAUCCCGUACAAGCCUGAAUUUUUUUUUUCAAACUUUCUUUUCGCAACUGCAUAAGUUGCGUAUGUAACUGUGAUGAUCUUCCUUCAAUUAAUUAGAAGUUCAUGAAGUAAGAAACUGCGUGACAAACAGUUUUAAUUAAAUGACUAAAUGACCAGGGAUAAUUUGAAAGACAAACGUACAUAAUUGAAUGACAAACAGAUAUAAUUAAAUGACAAGCAGACAUAAUUGAAUCUGCACAGUGAAUAGUAUUUUAAAUAUGAAAACUGCUUCAUAUCCUACUGCUAUUAGAGCAGAUGUUUGAUCUUACUGAUUGCACUGGCCGAAAUGACUUUUUCCACUGAUUUCUUUCUAACCAUUAAAUUGAUCUUCGUACAGAACACGAGCUUCCUGAAGCUUUAAAGCAGGUGUACCUUGCAUUGUCUCCUCUGCAGCUAUUGCAUCAUUCACGCCAGGGGCAUUAGCUUCUACUUCAAGAUCAGGAAUGAACACUCCUAGGGCUUUAGAAAGGAUAAGGGUAUUAAGAGCUGCAUCAACGACCUUGCGAUUGCUUUCGCAGUAAGAAUGCGCUCAACUGCAGGUGGUGCAUAAAUCAAUUCCAGAAGUUUCUUUAGCCCAGAUUCUUUCAUUAGGUGCCCAAUGCUACCAAGGAAACUCAUCUCCGUGUGAAAACUUCCAAGACGGAGAACUACCUGACGGAGACCACUAUUCGGAGGCUCAGACUCUAUAAUCAUCAACACCUUCCAUAAUACCUUCUAUAAUCAUCAACACCUGCCAACACAGUGGCUGAUCAAAGGUAAUGAGGUCUACAUGUGGCGUUACUUGAGCUCAUGUUUAUCAUUAGAAGAAAGACUACCGAUGAUUGACUAGGAAACUGCCUCGAUGAGCGAAUUGCAUCAUGACAGACCAGAUCGGUCUUGAUACACUAAACGGGAGUGAUGUUUUCCAAAGUACGUCUGGAUUAGUUAAAAUUAUGUAAUGUUAUUAUCAGUUCCCUAAAAGAAAAAAAAAAUUCUUUCUUACUCAGAAGACUUACAUGUACAAUAGUGAAGCAGAAAACAACGAUACUUUUUAAAUAAAAUUAUACUUAUCCACUUUGCUUCAUUAAAACAUGUUUAAGUGUGUUUCUUGUUAUUUUAUAGUUUUCUUUUAACAAGAUUUCAACAAAGAAGCUGAAAUUUGAUUCUGACCUACUCAGAACAAAUCCAUCAUGGAGGCCGCCAUAUUUAAUAUGAAAAUUGAGCCUGCAGUGCAGCCUACCAGCGGUACUCAUUUUAAGCCUUGUUGGUUCACCUAAACAAACUUCCACAUGAAUCAAACCACUUCUUUUGUUUAGUUUUAACCGUUAAAAGAGCGAAAGGUAGUUUCUUUAUUAUGAGCCUCGCUUUCAUAUUGAAAGAUUUCUUUCUGACUUUUAUCACUUUACCACUAUCUUCUUGCUCUAGACUUUUACUAUGUUAGAGAGGGAACCUUACCUUUUACAAAACGGCAAAAAUCAGUUCUGUUGCCAAAAAUCAUACAUUCCCUACCUCUAUAACACCGAAACCUCUGUAAAGCGGAUACUUGGUUCUGUCCCUUUGGUGUCUUUGUUAAGAAGUUUGACUGUAGUGUGAACAUAGCCUCACACAAUCAGCUGUCAUUCCAAUAAAGCUCAGUGUCCCUAAAGGCACGUUCUACUAGAGUUAAACCUCUCCACAACGGCCACCUUAGGGACAGAAGAAAGUAGCCAUUGUAGAGAGGUUUAAACAAGAGUCAAUGUAUGGACUGUCGGACAAAAAAUUGGCCGUUGUAGGGAGGUGGUCGUUACUGGAGGUUGGACUGUGUUCAUAAUCCAACCUUUGUGUUUACGUGAAGGUUUAAGUAUGUUCAUAAAAAUGCUCCAGAUUUGUUGAGGAAUUAUUUUAUCAAGUGAUCACUAGGAGUAAAGGUUUAAUUCCUAAGGUACGUACAGAAUCUGCAAAGAAAGGCUGCAAUUUCAUACUGUAAUCCAAGCUUUUAGUAAUUUGCCACCUCAUUUGAAAGCUAGUAAUUAAAAAGUUAGAGGUUUUUAAAACGAAGUUUAUAUUGUUUUCAGUUUUUAUUGUGAGACAUUAAACAUUUCGUUCAGAUUUACUGAUUGCUGUGACCUGCAUUAGGAGUAAACUCCACGAACGGCAACCUUCUCUACAAUGGCCACCUUUCUACAACCACCGCUUUCUUCUGUCACCGAGGUGGUCAUUGUGGAGAGGUUCAACUGUAUACAUAUUUCACAGGAUAAAUUUAAAUUAAUACAUCGAAGGGGACCGAAACAUAUGAGAAGGAACAUUUAAAGUAAAGUAAAGUAAAGUAUUUUCUUGUAAUAUAAACUUGCAAUAUCAAAGACAAACUCUUUGGUGAGAAUUUUCGUGAAUAAUCUAACUAAAACCACAUCUAAAAACUUGCCUGAUCUGGCUUGGCUAAACAGGUUUUAAUAUUUUUCCGAGAAAUAAAAUGACAAACUCCUGCUAGCUGGUUCUUAAACCACUUGGUUAUUACUGUAUUCGACGAAUUAACACCCGGGCACCUGCUGAUAUGCUUAAAAUACUCAAUGAAAAAUUUCAAAAAUCUUUUCUUUCCCUUCACCAUAAGAUAAAAGUCUUCUUUAUACACUGUGCAUGCGAAUAAAAAGCAGUGUUCACAAUACUUGUGGGAGGACUGCUCCAAAUUAUCUGAUAAAAUGAGUCCAAGAGAGCCACUGAGCUUCACAAUGAUUAUUAAAAUUUGAACAAAAGGUUGGCCUCCCGGCUGGCAGUUUCCAAGGCAUACUAUAUAUUUAACAAAACCGUCCCACUGCACAACAUAUGGUAUUUCUCCUUCGUAAGCUCACAUAUAUUUACUGCGGCUUGCGGAGUGAAUCUCCUCUGGAGCUAUAGUUCUUACAUUUGUUCGGAGCGCGCCUUCUUGAUCGAUAGCGAGGGACUUUUUUAUCAUCUCAGAGCAAUCUGCCAAUAAAACAUCGUUCUGAAUCACAUUCAUAUGAAUCAGAUACCAAAUAAGUUAAGUAAAACAUUUUUCACUCUGAAAACGAUGCAAGGAGCCAGUCAUUAGUCUUUAAGACUAGUCUGCUACAUCACAACAAGAAAAUAAAUUAUGUGGUAAAAGGUAAAAACACGUCACUAAAAUCUCACGGGCCUUAUGUUGCGUAUCACGAAAAAAGGCAGGCGGUUUUUGCGAGUUUUCAAUCAACGAUGUCCACUCCGAGAACGCAAGUAUCUAAUUUAGCCCGAAUUGUAUAUAUUUGAACCUUUUACAAAGUGAGAAAUGAAGCAAAACAUUUUCGUCGUAGGAGCACUUUAAAUGGUAAAUGACUUAUCCGAUCACCGAGUGUCAAAGUAGUCAAAAUUUCCAGUAAAACUACCAAUGGUUUCACUCAAUGAGAAGAUUACCAAAAAAUAAAUGGUUUAUUUAAAUUUGAAAUGGACCCACGCAAAAACAGAUGGUAUAGUAAAACAACAAUCGUUUUAUUACUUCUCCUGACAUCGCCCAAGUUGAUUAUUUUGCGUUGAAUACGAAAAAUAUAUAAGUGAAACUAAAAAAGAACAGGUUUUGUCACUAAUUUGGCGCAAGAUUAAGAGAGCGAAGAACCGUUCCCAGCAUACUGAAUGUGAUUCAUGUAUCGGUAAGGUUACUACUAGUACUAGUUCCCUUUUGCACUAAAUUCCUCCUCAGAAAUUUUCUGUCUUAAAAUCAGAAGACACCUUGUGAAUAUGACAAUAUUUUUUAGCUUAUUGACCUUUCUGGAUAUGAAUGGAAAGGACUCUAAACUCAACAAUUCGGUUUUUUCUCUAACCUCCAAUAACAAAAGGAUUCUUUUUGGUCAUUUUGAAAAUGACAAUAGAAGUUAAUAUAUUACUGUUUCUUCCGUGUGCCAUUUUGAGUCAGAAUGUUCACAAACACCUUAUCACUCAAUUUUAAUGUUUCCUCUACGGCUUUGACUUUAAGGCUUUUCGAAUGAUAAACCAUUUACACCGUUCGAGUAACAAAAUUGUCAAAGUUACUACUACAAACAUUCAUAACUUUAUUUAACUUCAGAUUUUAGAGUAUCCUAAAGGCUAGUAUCUCCGUUGAGUGACACAUACAACAUCACACAUAAAAAUCAUAUUUACAUGAAACCCCAAACCAUUGGUAACAGUAAACGUCUAAUUUAUGAAACUAUGAGAAACAAGUAAACGUCUAAGUUCCUUCAGACUAAUGGUUCUCCUAAAAGAAUCGCGAGGCAAGUACCAAUAUUUCGCUGCGGCAUCCCGGGGAGGGUACUUGGGUUAAUUUUUGCGGCAUGAUAGGUACAUGUGCCGCUGGCCUCUCAGAGCCCCUACCCCACUAUAGUCUAUUCUGUGGCCAAUUUUAGACCCACCUUAGUCACUUGUGGAGAAAAUAUGUUAUUUUCGCAAUACCAACUUAGUCACUUUCUAUUUUUAUGAAUUGACCCAUUUUUUAGAUUGAAUGAAGAACACUUUACUUUUCUUCUACAAUACAAACAUUCUGGUGCGUUUGCUUACCGUAAAUAUGAAGAACUGUCUUACACCAAAAAAUCCGAAAGUGUGCGACACCAUUCUAGCAAUUCUAUUGAAAAUGCGACCCCAUCCAGCGGCACCUCUCCAUUAGCCUCUUAUAAGGAAGACGAGUUAAGGAGUUAAGGCUAUAUGUAGGUGUUUGGGGUUUGGCCAGACGAACACAUUCAUACCUCUUAAGUUAUAUUCAGUCGUGUUAGCUAUAUUCAGCUCUAGUAAAGUAUCAUAGUCACAGUUACUGAAACGUUUGAUGCCACCUUUUUCCUCCAGUAAAGGGUAAACGUCGAUCAUCCUCAGCAAGGUGAAAACCACAUUCGGACACUCCCUCCUUUCAAUUCACGAAAUAUUAUUCACAAUAAAAUAAGACUAAGCAAGGGUAUAUGUUAAUCAUGUUGUUAAGGCUAUAUCCAAAUUCCUUUGAUACUUCCUUUUCCGUUUGUUAAACAUGAGCGAAAAAGACAAAACGGCCUAAAGAGAAUAAUUAGAUACUUUCCACUUCUUUUUGUGUGUCUGGCUAUCUCCAGCGGGCGUGGGAAAUAUUUUAGGGGAAUCAUGUUAGCAUGUCCAAAUGUCUAUCAAUAUGAUUCUCCUCCAGGGUACUGCACAGCAUAUAAAGACGAUGACUUGGAUGAGAAGUAUAGUGUUCUCCAGCCUCUUAAGACUAUUUCUGUUUAUAUCCCCAUUUAUUCCACAAACAUCCUGCAACCACGAUUUUAGAGCUUACAAGGAUGGCGACGUAAUAGUCGGGGGUCUGCUCAGCAUACGCUUACCAGAGGGUGCUGAUCACUGCGGUAAUCUUUUCACAACUGGACUGGGGCAUGUAGAAGCUAUAAUAUACGCUAUUGAAAGCAUAAACAAGAAUCCCGUUCUUCUUCCGAACGUGACGCUCGGAUAUGACAUACGAAACUACUGUUUUAGCACGAACAUAGCUGUGAAAAUAGCCUAUGACUUCAUGCAAGAUGAUUCUGCAACGGACAAUACCAUGCAAAACGGAUCCAAGCCGAUCUCAGUGCUUAUUGGUCCUGACACUUCCGCCAGCGCAGUGCUGGUUGGAAGCUUUCUUCAAGUCGUUGAUAUUCCUGCCAUCAGCUCAACUGCCACAAGCGUAGACUUGAGUUCAAAAUUGCACGAAAACUUCUUCAGAACAGUUCCACCUGACAUCUGA